GAAUGAACAUGAAGGUCCUUAGAGGUAUCACCCUCCAGGGUAGCAGGACCUUCAUGAAAGUAUGGAGCCAAACUUCAAAAUCGACCAUAAAGUAUGGGAAUGGAAAAAUCUACUUUAAUAGUUACCAGAACUGCUAUAGCAGUGUUCAUGCAGAGCCUCAAAUUUUGUACAAAUUGCCCAAGAGAUCAAAAUUGGAGAAAUUUGAAGAUGCCUUGCUGUCUCAGAGCCCACUUGAAAAAACAUUAUUCUCUCCCUCUGAUCACAAAAAACCCUAGCCUCUUGGUUUUGACGGCCAGCAACUGGCUGUGUCGCCUUUCAGCCGACUCAGGAGAGGAGCUGCAGAGAGUGUACCUCUCUUCAAAACAAAAGUUCAGGUAUCUUGGCUGGGAUGCUCCUCAGGGGACGCUUUAUGUUAAAUCUGUUCAAAACAAGGAAACACCUGUAGCACGACAGGCAGGUGUCACUCAGAAUACAGUGAUGUCUCUGGCCAUCUUUCAUAUUUUCCCCUUGCAAAUUGUGGGCAUUUUGGAGAUCAACAAAAAGGUAUUUGGAAGUGGUGUAACCGAUGUACUUCUAUCUGAAGGUGUCCUUGCAGUGUCCUACAGCAAGUGUGUGAGACUGUACAGCUUUGAGCACAUUGUGCAUAGGUACAUGACGGAGAAUUUAAUUCUUGGAAAGCAGAGUUCACUUCUUGGAGGCAAAACAGUGGGAGAGGCUCCAUUUGGUAUCCCAGUAAAUAUCCAGAUUACAGAUUGCCUUCCAGUACUUUUCGAAGUGUCAUGCUUUAACAGUGGUGUUCAGAUUGGAGGCCACCCAUGGCACUACAUCUACACACCACCACAUAGAAAUCACAAGGGGACUCACCACAUCUGUUCACUCAAGGACAGCACUAGGGCAACAAAUGGAAUACAGAACAUGAACUGUUGUUCUCUGGAGAGUGAUGCAAUCUUCUUCCAUCCUGAUGACUCAGGAAGAAUCAUCCACAUCGGCCCUACCACCAUAAAUGUCCUUAAAAUUCUUGGUGAACCGAACAGUGGGUUGCCAUCAAAGGUAGUUGAGGAUUUCUCCAUGAAGACUUGUCGAAACAACAAUGUUACCUCACAAGUCACUGUCACCUCAUCGGGCCGCAUCGUGAAGAGAAGAUUUCAUCAGCUGGAUGAUGACCCAGAUCAAGAGACUUUCCGUAUGGUGGAUUAUGAGGAUGAACUAGACCUUUUGGUAGUAGUGGCCACUAACAGUGAGGAGGGAGAAGGAAGAGCUCACAUCCGACUUCAUGACAACCAGAGUGGGCAGUUACAGCGGACAGUGUAUCUGGAUGAACCUUGGGAUGAGACCUAUCAGCACGAGUUGUUCUUUGACAAAGACACCAUAAUUCAUGUUGAACAAAAGAAAACCAACUUCUGCUGCCAUGUUUACAAACUAACAGCCACCAGGAUAUAAGUGGUGCAGAAGUGAAUUAAGCUGCUGGAAGCCAUUACAUGACUACUUUUUAAAAUAAUUUUGUAAACAUUUGUUUCCAAGCUGUAUUUUUGUUGAGCCUUUCUGGAAGGCUCAUAGUGCUGUUUGUCAAUUUAGACCACCGUGCCAUUCUUUUUUGUGUGUGCAAAUUACGCUUUAUAAUCAAGUUAGUUGUUUAAUCAUUGUUAGUCUCUCCAUUGUUAUUUUUUUAUUAUGUCUGUACAGUUUCUUUACAAUAAAGGUAAAAUAUUUUU